CCAGUAAAAAUAAACUGUUGUCCUAAUCAGGUCCCAGUAAAAAUAAACUAUUGUUCUAAUCAGGGCCCAGUAAAAAUAAACUAUUGUUCUAAUCAGGUCCCAGUAAAAAUAAACUAUUGUUCUAAUCAGAACCCAGUAAAAAUAAACUAUUGUUUUAAUCAGGACCCAGUAAAAAUAAACUGUUGUCCUAAUCAGGUCCCAGUAAAAAUAAACUAUUGUUCUAAUCAGGUCCCAGUAAAAAUUAACUAUUGUUCUAAUCAGGGCCCAGUAAAAAUAAACUAUUGUUCUAAUCAGGACCCAGUAAAAAUAAACUGUUGUUCUAAUCAGAACCCAGUAAAAAUAAACUAUUGUUCUAAUCAGGGCCCAGUAAAAAUAAACUAUUGUUCUAAUCAGGGCCCAGUAAAAAUAAACUAUUGUUCUAAUCAGGGCCCAGUAAAAAUUAACUAUUGUUCUAAUCAGGACCCAGUAAAAAUAAACUAUUGUUAUAAUCAGGACCCAGUAAAAAUAAACUUGUUUUAA